CUCUUCCAAGUGAAGCAGCCAAGAAAAUCGAGAGAACCCCCAAUCAUGACAGUCUCCAUUACAGCCCUCGACCUCUCCUCCGAAACCCACGCCCUUUAUGAGGUCAUCUUCUUCGGUGACAGCGUCCAAACCCUCGUUACCAACACUCCAAACAUCGUUGAUUCUUGGAUCCAAAACGUCGAGUCAAGUAACCCUCACAACGGUCUUGACAGACUCAUCGUGGGUCUAGACGUGGAAUGGCGACCCAAUUUCAACCCCCAAAUCGAGAACCCGGUGGCCACUUUGCAGCUGUGCGUGGGUCGUUCUUGCCUCAUUUUUCAGCUCUUACACGCCCCGGCGAUACCCGCAUCCCUGAAUGCUUUUCUCCGCAACCCUGGUUAUACUUUUGUGGGUGUUGGGAUCAACGACGAUUUGGAGAAGUUGGUAGGGGAUCAUGGGUUGGGAGUGUCCAAUGCUGUUGAUCUGCGUGGGUUGGCGGCCCAUGAGUUGAAUAAGAUGGAACUCCGCAAUGCGGGUCUUAAGCGUCUGGGGCUAGAGGUUCUUGGGAAGGAGGUUCAGAAGCCGAGGAGGGUUACUCUGAGUAGGUGGGACAAUUUCUAUCUCUCUACUGAUCAGGUGCAGUACGCUUGUGUUGAUGCUUUUCUUUCCUCCGAGAUUGGGACGACCCUAAAUGCAUCUCGACGUUAGAAAAACUGUAGUGGGUUUUGCUGGGUUCUGCAUUUUCAAGAUUUUCAAGAUUUUCAAGGAGAAAUGAUAAUGGUUGUUAGUGAUUUCUGCACUUCUUAGGCAUUCAAUGUUUGGGAUUUCCCUACAAUACCGUGCCUAAUAGUCUAUAUCAUGAUUGGAUUUACUUUUGUAUAUGUUUGUAAUCUUGACGGAAAUUAGGGAAAAAUCGGAAACUGUAAUGGUUCUGUUGUUUGGUUGCGAUGCCAUGAAAUUCGGUAGAGUUUCAUACAUACUGAAAAUCUUUGUUUUCGACUUGAUAAAAAAAAUAUAUUGGAGUUGAUAUUAA